AUGCAGAUUAUCUCUCUCGAUGACCUCUCGAAGUACCACAUAAAUCAACUGGAAACACUCAAUAUCAACAGUACCGUGGUGGCUAAGGAAACUCUUAACGAUGCUGUUUUGGGUCCAGUCCUACAGGCCUUGAAAUCGGGACAAUCUGUUGAACAAUACGGAUUUCACGAUAACGAGCUGUCCAUUCAAGAUGAUUGUGUACUGAAGGGCUGGAGAGUCAUGAUACCUCAAUCUCUCAGACCUCAUGUGCUUCGAGAACUACACGUAGCUCAUUUAGGAGGAAUAAAAAUGAAGGCUUUAGCUCGCAGUUUUUGCUGGUGGAGAAGUAUAAACAAGGAUAUUGAAGAUAUGGUAACUGAAUGUCAACAAUGCAUUGAAAAAUGCAACAACCCAAGAAAAACUAUCCAUCCAUGGGAACAACCUUCUAAUCCAUGGGAGAGGGUGCACAUUGAUUUCUUAGGGCCAACAGAUGGCCAACAGUACCUGAUAUUAGUGGAUGCCUUUAGUAAGUGGGUGGAUGUGAUACAGACGAAAACAACUACAAGGACAGUCCAAGAAUUACGGAAAAUCUUCUCAACUUUUGGGUUUCCUCACAUCUUAGUUUCAGAUAAUGGAAAACAGUUUCUCAAGAGUGCAAAAACUUCAUGA